AUGUUACGUGGUCCGAGUGGAGGAGGAAAAACUACAUGCCUCAAUAUGAUUGGGUUAAUUGAUAAACCUUCUCAUGGGAAACUUACAAUGUUUGGAACAGAAAUCAAUGAAAAAACAAAAGAAUCUUUUAUGGCAAACCUUCGUCUAGAAAAAAUAGGAUUUGUAUUUCAAACAUAUAACCUCCUUUCUACAAUGUCUGCUUAUGAAAAUGUUGAACUCCCUAUGAAAAUACUUGGAAGACUGAAUAAAAAACAACGACAUGAACGAACAAUUAAACUUCUUGAAUUAGUUGGUCUUCAAGACCGAAUGAACCAUCUUCCUUCUGAAUUGUCAGGAGGAGAACAACAACGAGUUACUAUUGCACGUGCAUUAUCAAAUGAACCAGAAUUAUUAUUAAUGGAUGAACCAACAGGAGAUUUAGAUACCAAAAAUACAAUAGAAGUAAUGAAUUUAAUUCUUGAAUUAAAUCAAAAAAUAGGAACAACAAUCAUUAUGAUGGACAUAUUAUCAAACAAGUGA